UGCCGCCGCAGCAGCCUGCGGCCCAACCGGCAGCUGGCCAACAUCGUGGAGAGCAUCCGACAGCUGGGGCUGCGGGGCGGCGUGGGGACGGGAACGGGGACGGGGACUGGGACCCCGCUUUGCCCCCUGCAUGACGAGCGCCUCAAGCUGUUCUGCGAGGUGGACGAGCAGCCCAUCUGCGUGGUGUGCCGGGAGUCCCAGCAGCACCGCUCGCACACCGUCUAUCCCAUCGAGGAGGCUGCGCAGGUGUACAAGGUCAAACUCCAAAAAUCGCUGGAGCAACUUUCCAAGGAAGUGGAGGAUAUGAAGAAGCGUGAGUCAGAGGCAAAGAUGAAAACCCAGGAGUGCAAGCAAGAACUCUCAGCGACCCAGGAAGUCCUGCCUGGUUUCUUCCAGACCCUACCCACCCCCACCCCUGGGUGCUGUCAUGUUUUCGCAGGAUUGCCAAAGCAGAGCUACCCUGAGCCUGGCAUGCAGGAGAAAGUGAAGAGAAAGCGGGAGACAAUUGUGUGUGAGUUUGGGAAGCUGCAUCAGCUGCUAGCUGAUGAGGAGAAGCUGCUGCUUCAGAAGCUGGAGGAGGAGGAGACACAGAUUCUGGUGAUGAUCUCUGAAAAUCUGGCCAGGGUGACAGAGCAGAAGUGCUUGCUGGUUGAGCUGAUCCUGGAGAUAAAGGAGAAGAUGCAGCAGCCAGUCGAGGGGCUACUCAAGGACAUGAGAUGCAUCCUGAACAGGUGUGAAACGAUGAAGUUUCAGGCCCCCAAACCUGUGUCUGUGAACUUGAAAGAGGACUACAGCAUCCCAGAGCGCUGCAUGGGUAUGAGACACAUGCUGAGGAAGUUCAAAGUGGAUGUGACUCUGGACCCUGAGACGGCUCACCAUGAGCUCGUCCUGUCUGAGGACCGCAAGAGUGUGCGGCGUGGGAGCAGGAAGCUGUUCCUGUUGUUAUUUGACAGCCCCAAGAGGUUCAGCUGUGUUCCAGUGGUGCUGGGGCUGCAGGCCUUCUUCUCGGGCCGCAGCUACUGGGAGGUGCAGGUGGGAGACAAGCCGGAGUGGGGCCUGGGGCUGUGCAAGGAGGCUGCCUGCCGGAAAGGAAGCAUCGUCUUCUCCCCCCAAAAUGGCUACUGGGUGCUGCGGCUGCAGAACGGUGGCUACGAGGCCCUUACCUGCCCUGUCUCCUGUCUGACCCCGAGUGUCAGGCCCCGGUGCAUUGGCAUCUUCCUGGACUAUGAGGCAGGAGAAAUCUCUUUUUACAACGUGUCCGACCGCUCCCACCUUUACACCUUCACCGACAAGUUCUCGGGGAAACUCCGACCUUUCUUCUACCUGGGCUCCCUUAUGGGGGGCAAAAAUGCGGAGCCCUUGGUGAUCUCCUGGAUGAGGGACACGCAGGGGACCAGCUGCGUUGUCCUGUGACAGCAACAGGCAGAAUGGUGGGGGCACAACGACCUGCUCAGGUGAGCAGGAGGUGCUGGCCGGCAGUUGCUAUGUGCAUAGCAUGGAGUGGGGACUCAGCCAGGACCAUGCUGGGAUUGUAGCACCUGUUGUCCACCGGUGCUUUACUGCUCAUCCACAGGCUUCUGGUGGUGGGGGCUCACAGCCUGCUGCGUUGUGAUGCUUUGGGUAUGAGUUGUACUGACAUGAGGCAAUAAAGAGAUGAUCUGGCGAGCCCUGA